AUGGUGAGCGGAAGCGCAUGGCGGGGUUUGACGGGGAGAAAAACACGAAAUCCGCUCACCCCCUUCACUCCUCCUCCAGAUUCUCCCUGCACAGGACCAGAUGCGUCUGCGUCCGGGAGAUUCCCCCCUGAGCGACGGGCGGAGACGGCGGCGCGGCCGUCGGCGCCGGCGCAGGAUUCAUCAGCACUAAGCAGCCCUCGCUCCACGUCCUCCGCAUCGGGUACGAGACGGCGCCGCACCGCGAGGAGUGAACGCGGCAGCCCCGGGACUUGUGGAGGGCGCAUUUGCAGUUCUUGUGGUAUGGCCGGUGCUCGAAUCCCGUGUCCCCGGGGAUGCAGCCGUCGAACACGCCACGGAGGAGGCCGUCCCCAGCCGCGCCCGCCGACAUCUGUGGUGGAAAAUUGGCGGAUCGAUCGGUGGUGGAGCGCUCCCUGGCGUGAGAUGUUGCUAUGA